UGAUUUAAUUGCACUUCAAGCCAUGAAGUUUUUGGUAGUGUUAGCUGCCUUGGUUGCCUUGAGCGCUGGAAGCGCUAUCCCCUUAGUUCCCGGGGACAACAGCCACUAUGUAGAGGGCGAGAGUCGCUACAUCUGGAUGCCAGAUGGUGAUGGCAAACCUCACUUAGUGGACUUACAUGAACCUGCUGAUGUGGAAACAAUCGCAAGAAACGGCGCUAACAACCAAUAUUGGCUGUUCACCAGGCAAAAUCCUACCAAUGCCCAAAUUCUCGUCAACGGAAAUGCAAACUCUGUCGCAAACUCCAACUAUCGCGCUAACCGUGGCUUGAAAGUAAUCGUUCACGGAUGGAACAGCAAUGGAAACUCCGCAAUGAACCCUCAAAUCACAUCUGCAUUCCUCGCUGUCCAAGAUGUUAACGUAAUCGUAGUUGACUGGCGUGCUCUCGCUAACUCCAACUACAUAACUGCCACAAAUGGUGUUCCCGGUGUUGGUCAGUUCCUGGGUAACUUCCUAGUUUGGCUCAUUAAUACCGCAGGUGGAAACUGGAACAACGUUCACCUGGUUGGCUUCAGUUUAGGAGCUCACGUCGUAGGAAACGCUGGUCGCCAGGCUGGCGGUCGCCCGGCCCGAGUAACAGGUUUGGACCCAGCUGGACCCAACUGGGGUGGAAACUCCAAUGCACUAAAUGGCAAUGCUGGUCAAUACGUUGAAGCGAUCCACACUGAUGGUGGGCUUCUCGGUAUUUUCGAUAGAAUUGCCAACGGAGACUUCUACCCUAACGGUGGCAGAAAUCCUCAGCCGGGUUGCUGGAUCAGUACGUGCUCACACAGCAGGGCUCCUGAACUAUUUGCAUCCAGUGUCCGUACAAACCACUUCGUUGCUAGACAAUGCACCAAUAUUCAGCAGGCUCAAAAUGUCCAGUGCGCUGGCAAUGCUUUCAAUAUGGGCAACGGAAUUAUUUCGAAGCGCGGCAACGGAAUAUUCGGUCUACGCACAGGAUCCAGCUGGCCUUUCUAAUGACUUAGCGAUUAAAAUUAUAGCAAUAAAAAAAUAUUUAUUACAA